GGAUGCAGAAGACAACCAGGCCUUGAGACAAGUCUUGGACCGGCAUCCCCAAGUGUUCAACGACGAACUCGGCGAGAUUAGAGAAGACAAUCCUGGACGAGCUGCACGAAGGACAUCCCGGCGUGGUGCGGAUGAAGGAAGUGGCCCGCAGCUACGUGUGGUGGCCAGGAAUUGACGCCGACCUGGAGAACACCGUGCAAACGUGUGCGGCCUGCCAGCAGCAACGGGCGCUGCCUACCCAAGCUCCCCUUCAUCCGUGGGCUUGGCCUACAAGGCCAUGGGCCCGGCUCCACCUGGACUUUGCUGGCCCGUUUCUUCAACGCAAUUUUUUGGUGGCGGUAGACGCCCAUUCAAAGUGGCCCGAGGUGUUCCUGAUGCCCUCGACCUCGGCAGAAGCCACCAUUGGUAAGCUGCGUGACCUCUUCAGCCGUUUUGGAUUGCCAGAGGUAGUCGUGUCAGAUAACGGGCCGCAGUUCUGCAGUAAAGAAUUUCAGUCAUUCCUCAAAAUGAACGGGGUAAAACAUGUGCGAUCCGCUCCUUAUCACCCAUCAAGCAACGGGUUGGCUGAGAGAUUUGUCAGAACAGUGAAAGAAGCCCUUCGCAAGGACGUCAAAGGCCGAUCAAUUGAAGAGAGACUGGCCAGUUUUCUUCUAGCUUACCGGAAUACGCCACAUGCAACUACCCAGCACUCUCCGGCUUCACUUUUGAUGGGGCGACCCCUUAGAACCCGUCUGGAUUUACUGAAGCCCAGUGCUCGUUCAGUGGUAGAACAAAAACAGUUCCAACAGACACGCGGUCGAAAAGAACUUCGGAGAUUCUUCGCCAUUGGUGACAGAGUGUUUGUGAAAAACUCUAGAGAAGGUCCAAGGUGGCUGGAGGCGAUGGUGACAUCACGCACGGGACCAGUCUCUUACGUGUUACAGGUGACUACACCACGUGGGGUCAUGGAAUGGAAGAGGCAUCAAGACCACAUACGUCCAAGGGAGGCGGACCGAGAGACAACGUCUGCCAACCACAAUCACUGCGACCGUAGUGAGGCUCCCUGGCAACCGUCGGAAUCGGCGACCGGUACUGAACCGUGCGCCGGGCAACUCCAUGAUCAAGCACCGGCCAUAGCUGCUGACGACACAAGAGAGUUUUCCACAAGAGGCGACCCAGAACCACCCGGUUCUGAGGACCCAGAUCACGACGCAGGGCCUUCGCCAGGUGACAGGAGCAGCGGAACCUCCACGCGAUCUCGGUACCCAACAAGGGAAAGACGUCCCCCAGAUCGGUACACACCAACGCAGUGACUGUGCCUACGCACCUUGUGGUUUUGUGUCCUGGACUGUUAACUUUUCCAAUUAUCUCUGUUUAAAAGCAAAACCGUUCUAGUUCUAAGUGUUAACUUGUGUAUUUAAAGCAUCAUCUAGGGAAGGGGGAAUGUAGUGUUUGUAUUCCGAUAGCAAUCAGCUAUGUCAUCGCCACGUGUCUAAGCUAGGGCGCCGCCCCCCUUCCCUCUCGUCCUCUUUGCUGAUAUAAGCACAGCACGGCUUUUGACACGGGGAGUGUUUUAGGACCAGCGGUAUGCGCGGUCUUACGGCUGGCUGUCAAUAAAACCAAGUUGUUGUUACUACUCGGCUGGUGUCCCACUUCCAAGACACAACAA